AUGGCAGAUGGCGAUGAUGGACCUGCGACAUCCGUCUCCGAACCUCUCGACUUGGUCCGGUUAUCGCUCGAUGAAAUAGUUUUUGUGAAGCUACGAGGAGACAGAGAGCUUAGAGGUCGCUUACAUGCAUAUGACAGUCAUUGCAACCUUGUUCUUGGUGAAGUCGAGGAGACAAUCUACAUCGUGGAUGAAGAUGAAAAUGAACAAGAAAUUAUCAAGACAAUCAAGCGUCAAGAGGAAAUGUUAUUUGUCCGAGGAGAUUCUGUUGUCCUCAUUUCGCCGCAAUCUUCUCUGUGA